CACAGGAAAACCUCAUACUUGGUUUCUCAAAGGCGGCGUUUGCGGGCUCAGGUGUGGACGCGCAUGCGCCUCCAUGCCGUGCCGGCGCAGUUUGAUGACGUCAAGAUGGCGGCGGUGGUGCUGAGUGAGGCGGAGCGGGUCUACGUGAUGUAUGGGGUCCAGGAUGAUCUGCGAAUUGAUGGACGUGGUUGUGAAGAUUAUAGACACAUAGAAAUAGAAACAGAUGUGGUGUCGAACACAAGUGGGUCUGCCAGAAUGAAAAUUGGUCACACGGAUAUCCUUGUGGGCGUCAAAGCAGAAAUGGGAACGCCCAAACUGGAGAGGCCGAAUGAAGGCUUCUUGGAAUUCUUUGUAGACUGUUCUGCCAAUGCAAACCCGAAGUUUGAAGGUCGUGGAGGGGAAGAUCUUGGUACAGAUAUCGCCAACACCCUGUACCGAGUGUUCGACAACAGCAGUAGUCUGGAUUUGAAGGCACUGUGCAUUACUCCCAGAGAGCACUGUUGGAUCCUUUAUGUAGAUGUGUUGUUGCUAGAGUGUGGUGGAAAUCUUUUUGAUGCAAUUUCCAUUGCAGUUAAAGCAGCACUUCAUAAUACAAGAAUUCCAAAGGUCAGAGUGCUGGAGGAUGAUGAAGGUUCCAAGGAAAUCGAGCUAUCUGACGAUCCAUAUGAUUGUAUUCGUCUUAAUGUGGAGAAUGUGCCUUGUAUCAUCACUUUAAGCAAAAUUGGUCACAGGCAUGUGGUAGAUGCCACCUCGCAGGAGGAAACGUGCUGUAUGGCCAGCUUGUUGGUGUCAGUCACCAGCAAAGGGACUCUCACCUGCUUCAGGAAAGUUGGAGGAGGCAGUUUGGAUCCAGCAAGUGUGUUUGAAAUGAUGGAGACUGGAAAGCGAGUUGGAAAAGCUUUGCAUAAAUCAUUGCAGACCACUUUGGCAAAAGAAGAAAGUUUGGGAAAGAAGCGUCAGAAAGUUGGAUUUCUUGGUUAACUUUUGCAUAUGUAAAUAUAUUUUUUUAAAUAAAGAUGGUUUAUAAACUUUCU